GCUGGUGGUGGCUUCGAGGAGGGGCAGGGGACGCCCAGCGGACUCGCGCGCAGUCCGAGGGUAUCAGGCGAGGCUCCGCUGCGGACGGGCGACGGGCAGCAAUGGCGGAAUCGGCGUCGGCUCGGCACAGGAGGAAGCGCCGCGCCACCCCCCUGGCUUCCUCCCCGCCGCCCCCGCCGGCGCCGCCGGAGGACAGCUCCCAUGCGCAGCCCACGGAGCUCCCGCUGCAGGAGCUGCCACUGCAGGCCGUGGUGGCCGCCAUCCAGGCCGUGGAGAAGAAGAUGGAGGCCCAGGCCGCCCAGCUGCAGAGCCUGGAGAGGCGCAUGGAGACGGUCGAGAGGAAGCUGGCCGACUUCGAGAAGAUGACCUUGGAGUUCGGGAACCAGCUGGAGGGCAAGUGGGCCGUGCUGGGCACGCUGCUGCAGGAGUACGGGCUGCUGCAGAGGCGCCUGGAGAACAUGGAGAACCUGCUGAGGAACAGGAACCUCUGGGUGCUGCGGCUGCCCCCGGGCAGCGCGGCCGAGGCCCCCAAGGUGUCCCGGACACUGGACAGUGACGGCGUCUGUUUCUCGGAGCAGGAGUGGGAGAACCUGGAGGACUGGCAGAAGGAGCUGUACCGAAACGUGAUGAUGAGCAACUACGAGACGCUGGUCUCUCUGAAGGUCCUUGGCCAGCCGGAAGGAGAAGCGGAGCUGGGCACGGAGAUGCUGGGUGACUUGGAGGAGGAGGGCCUCAGUGGUGUCCACCCAGCCGGAGGCAUUAUGAUCAAGCAGGAGAUAGAGUCCCCGCAGAGACAGGAGCCUUCCGAGGACCUCCCCGGCGAGUUCCCGGGCAUGACGGAGGAGCAGGCCUUCCUGACCCCGGUGCCGACUGAGCUCUGGAACGGCCAGGGUGCCUCUGUCCUCUUGGAAGCAGACCCCAGGGACACGAACCUCGAGGAGCCCACGGACGGCAGCAGAGGCCCCGGCGGUGACAGAGCUCCGGGCUGCCCCCCGAAGCAGAAGCCCAGCAGGCCGGUGCAGCUGGGCCAGGAGUGCGGGCAGGGCCUAAAGCUACAGAGGGACCUUCCGGGCCCCUUCGAGUGUCCCGAGUGCGAGCUCAGCUACCGCUGCGAGCAGCAGCUGGCCACCUAUCUGCGGACCCACGCGGGGUGGGAGCCUCCCACGGCGCCGGAGCCGGAGCCGGAGCCGGAGGAGAGCCUCAGGCCCAGGCCGCGGCUGAAGCCCCAGUCCAAGAGGACGAGGCAGCAUCAGUGUGACAUUUGCAUGAGGAGCUUCAGCUGCAGGGUGAGCCUGGUGACCCACCAGCGCUGCCACCUGCAGGAGGGGCCCAGUGGCGGCCAGCGCGUCCAGGAGAGGUUCUCGCCCAACAGCCUGGUCGCCCUGCCGGGCCACAUCCCCUGGAGGAAAAGCCGGAGCUCCCUCAUCUGCGGCUACUGUGGCAAGAGCUUCAGCCACCCGUCGGAUCUGGUGCGGCACCAGCGCAUCCACACGGGCGAGCGGCCCUACACCUGCCCCGAGUGCGAGCGGAGCUUCGUGCAGAAGCAGCACCUGCUGCAGCACCAGAAGAUCCACCAGCGCGAGCGUGGCGGGCUGGCUCUGGAGCCCGGAAGGCCCAAUGGCCUGCUUUAAGGGUGCCAGCCCCUCGCCUGUUCCGGGGGGGCCGAGGGGGCUGGCAUUGGUCUCCCGAAAAGACACUGUGCAGAGUCAGGGACUGGCUUCUUCCUGGGGGGAGUCGCUUUGAUUUGCCUAACCUUGGCCGAGCAGCGGGCCCAGCGAGCCCCCGAACUGUGUGGAGCGGGGCGGGGCCAGGCCUCCCCUGCUGUCUGCCCUGCUGCUGGGCUUGCCACGUCUUUGGGUUUCCCAUCCACACCGUUGAUGCCCGAGGUCUGGGGUCGGUUCGAGGGCCCGGCCCAGCGUUCCAGGUCUUCCCGCGGGGCGGGGCCUGGCCGGGGGCGGGAGCCGGCCUGCUGAAGAGCUCCGGGAAGCACAGCCCUCUGUUUCCCCUUCUGUAGUCCCCUUAUUAACAACAAGUAGAAUGAUAAUUUAAAGGAGCGCUCACCCUGCUCUGGAGAACCUUUCUGGAAUUAGAUUUUAGUUGAUUUAAAAAAGUAACAUACAGCCCAACACUUGUUUUUUAAGUUUUCAGAGCUGUAGAGGCUGUUUCUCACACGGCUUCUGGCCUGCCAUGGGGGGGGGAACUGUUUCUGGGGCUGUUUUAGCCCCCCGCCCCACCACACUCAGGCCAGGGGUCAGGGGCGUGGCACGGCUCCGGGUCCUGGGGGUCUCAGCACUCUGGGAGGGGGCUCACUGAAUCAAAAGGACCGAGAGAGGGAGAGAGCUGUAGGGCUGGACCCCCGAGCGCCCCCCUGAGAACGCAGAGCCUGGUUCGGAGCGGUGCACACGGAGCCGCUUCCUCCCGGGAGCUGGGGGUUCUCGCCCCGGCUCCGGCCCUUCCUUCCCGCCCCUGCCGGGUUCCGGGCCGCACGGGGUACGCGACUCCCCUGUUACUGAAGGUCGUCCCGCUCGCAUAGUGGUUAUUUGAGUUCGCUCCUGGAGGUCGUUCGGGUGACACGCUUUUCCAGGUUAGUUCCGGGACUGACCGCUGCGGAGCCGACGCGGGGGCCAAAGCGCAGGGCUGCCCGCCGGCCGGGGGUGCCGGGUGCCCGCCGCGCUGCUGUGCGGGGUGGGCUCCCGGCUCCUGGGUGAGUGUCCCCUUCGAUGGCAGUUGCUUAGAAUAAAAGUUGCUACUGGCA